CAAACACAAACAGCUACGCACUGCGCUGCGAAACAAACUGCCAAGCAGCAACAAGCAAACAAGCAAGCAGGCGACAGAUGGCAACGAUGAUGCACGACGAUGGUGCGGGUGGCCUACUGGACAACUUGGCAGAGCUGUCGAAUCUGACAAGCGAGACCAUCUUGGAUCAACUCAAGCGCCGCUAUGAGGCUAACCUCAUCUACACAUAUGUCGGCGACAUCCUUGUGGCCACCAACCCGUACCAGAUGCUUCCCAUCUACACGGAGGAAGUGCAAGAGAUGUACAAGGGCGCGUCAAACAAGCAGCUGCCACCCCACAUCUUUGCUGUUGCGGAUCGCGCAUACGAGGCCAUGCUCUACUCACAGGUGGACCAGUGCUUUGUCAUCAGCGGCGAGUCUGGGGCGGGCAAGACAGAGUCCACCAAGAAGAUUGUGCAGCACAUUGUUGAGCUGUGUCGCGCCGGAAACACCGAGCUGGAGGAUCGCAUCAAGACUGUCAACGUCUUCCUCGAGGCCUUUGGCAACGCCAAGACUGUGAUGAACAACAACUCCAGUCGCUUCGGCAAGUACCUGGAGCUGCGGUUCGAUCGCAGCGGCGCCGUGCAGGGCGCCACCUUGAGCCACUACCUUCUGGAGAAGUCUCGCAUCUCCUUUCGCAACGAUGGCGAGCAGAACUUCCACAUCUUCUACCAGCUCUUUGCGGGCUUGAAGGACGAGGGCCGCCUUGAGCACUAUGGCUUGGCCAAGCCCAGCGACCACAACUACCUCCGCGGCGCCGGCGCCCCUUCCGACGAACAGGUGCUGUCAAGCCACUUUGGCCAGGAGUGGCGUGAGGUUAUGGGCAGCUUUGAGUUUAUCGGCUUUGCCAAGGGGCAGACAAACAGCAUGAUUGACAUGCUGGUGGCCAUUCUCCACAUUGGCGACAUCACGUUCGAGCCGGCGCCACACGAUUCCGUGACCAUCACGUGUACGGACAAGCACUUGGCGCUUAUUGCCAAGCUGCUCAAGAUAUCCUUUGAGGAGCUCAAGAACGCCAUCGUCGCCACCCGCAACAUCACGCGAGGUGAGUUGGUGACACGCAACUUUGAUGAGGAGAAGGCUGCCGCCAACAGGGACGCAACGGCAAAGGCCAUUUACGCGCGCAUUUUCAGUUGGAUCUUCAGAUCCAUCAACGACAUCCUGAAGGGCAACGCAUCGCACGACUGCCUUGUGUUGGGGCUGCUGGACAUUUUUGGGUUUGAGAACUUCAAGAUCAACUCGCUGGAGCAGAUGUGCAUCAACAUCACCAACGAGCAGCUGCAGCAGUUCUUCAACCAGCACAUCUUUGUGUACGAGCAAGAAGAGUACAAGAAGGAAGGUGUGGACUUCUCCAAGAUUGACUUUGUGGACAACCAAGCUACUCUGGACCUCUUCCUCAAGAAACCCCAGGGCAUCUUUUCCAUCUUGGACGAGGAAUCUCGCUUCCCCAAGGCGACCGACCUCACGUUUACAGAGAAGUGCACUGCGGCGCUCACAAGCCAUCCAUCCCGCGCCUUCAAGCCCCCGCGCUCCCAGCGUGACCUCUGCUUCACCAUCACCCACUAUGCAGGCACUGUCGAGUACCAGAGCACGAAUUUCCUGGAGAAGAACCGAGACACGCUGUCGCAGGACGUCAUCUCGGUGUUGGCCGCAAGUACGGACCCGCUCGUGUCGCAGCUGUUUGACCCGACAGCAAACGCCAACGCAACCGUCAGCACAAACAAGCGCCAGCAGUCCCUCACGGCAGGCUUCAAGGUCUCGCUGGUUGAUCUCGUCAAGCGGCUCAAGCAGUGUCACCCGCACUUUGUGCGCUGCAUCAAGCCCAACGCUGAGCAGAUGGCAUCACGUUGGGAGGAGGAUCUGGUCUCUCGUCAGCUCACGUACUCGGGUGUUCUUGAGACCAUCAAGAUCAGAAAGAUGGGCUACAGUUUCCGUCUUCCGUUCCAGGAAUUUGUGACACGAUACAAGAUCAUUGCCUACAAGUUCCACGAAAACCCCAUGCAGUCCAGCGAGACAUGCCAGGUCAUCUGUUCACAUGCGAAGCUUGACGAUUACCAGGUCGGGCACAACAAAGUGUUUAUGAAGUACAACCACGCGGAAGUGCUGGCGGAUCUCCAGCGCGAGCAAUCCAGCGCCCUCGUCUUCUUGCAGAAGAUUGUGAAAGCGCAUGUUGCCCGCACCAAGUUUUCAUCCCUGUUGCAAGAGAAGCGCAAACAAGACCGCCGCGUGACUGAUUUCCUCACCAUCGCUGAGACGCGUGGCACGACAUGCACCCUCCGCAUGGACAAGCUGAAGGAGGAAGACGCGGCUAAACAGGAGGACCGCAAAUGGCUCACGCGCGUCAAGAAGCAGGCUGCGCGUGCCGAGGCGCGGCGUGCACAGAAGGAGGCAGAGCGGCAGGCGCGAUUGGAAGCGAUCAAGAACGAGCCAGCAAAGGUGAAGACGCUGCCCCACAACGGAUUCUUCGUCUGGGAGCGCGCAGAGCACCUCGACCUGCAUGUUGGCCCGCUUCCGCCCCCGUGGAAGAAGAAGAUUGACAAGCGCACGAACAGGCAUUACUUCAAGAAUAUGGAAAGCAAGGUGACCACGUGGGUGGAUCCACGGUCCUACGAGUAUCGCAAGCACGAUCCUCUGGAAACACAAGGCGACGAGCUGCCUUAUGGUUGGGACGAAGCUGAGACGGAGGAUGGCGUUGUGUUCUACAUCAACCAUUUGGACGGCACACACCACCCAGAGCACCCGCGCGUCACGGCCCAGCGCAAGCAGGAGCAAAUUGCAAAGGAGCAAGCGGAGCAAAAGGCGCGCGCCGAUGAGAGGCGGGAAACACUCCGCGUCCUUCGCGACAAGAAGCGUCGCCUACAGGGCCAGCUCGCAGAGGCCACGGACUCGACGGCGAUUGCGAAUUUGCACCAGCGGAUUGAAGCGAUUGACAAUGUGAUUCGGCGGGAGAUCAGCCAGCUCGAGUCUGUGCAGUCUGCCCUCCGUAUUCUGCAACAGGUGCUGGAGAACCAGCGGCGGAAGCGCCACCGCAUCGACCCGGACAGGGCCGUGCGCUGGGCCGCGGCCCGCUGGCUGGCAAAGAUCCGCAGCCGUCGCGCUCCAGUGCAGCAAACUGCGUUCUGAAGGGACACGCAAUGUGUGUGGGGGGGGGGAGCGGACGGAUGGUGUCAUAUCACUGAGCAAGCACACCACUGCCGUAAUUGGGAGGUCCCAGCCAAUAGCGCACACAUGCUCGCCAACCAAUGCUGACUGCUAUUGCUGUUCUUGCAAUUGUGACUGCUACUGCUGUUGUUGAAAUUGUGGCGCGAUAUGCUGGUGUUGGUUGUGUCUGGUUACUCUGUUACAUCGAUUUCUGUUAUUGCCCAUCUUUCACUGGCACAUGUUCAUCUUCAUUUGCUUGUUGAGCUUGUUGCUGUUGUUCUCACUCGUUUUGGUUUCGCCGCUAUUCUCGUUGUGGCUGCUGCUGAUCCUGUUGUUGUUGUUGGUGCGUUUGAUGUGCGCCUGUGCCUGCCGAGUGCUGUUCCUGCUGGUGCUGUGUCCGCUGCAGCACGCGCUGGAUUGUUGUGUCCACUUCCGUCAUGCUAUUCCAAACGACACGCA